AAUCCAAGUUAAUGGGUGCCUGGUUGGCUUAGCCACAUCCAACUGCAGCUUGGGUCAUGAUCUCACAGUUCAUGAGUUCGAUCCCUGCAUCGGUCUCUGUGUUGACAGCUCAGAGCUUGGAGCCUGCUUCAGAUUCUGUCUCCUCUCUCUGCCCCUCUCUGCUUGUGCUCUGUGUGUGUCUCUCUCUCUCAAAAACAAGUAAACAUUAAAAUAAAAUAAAAUAAAAUAAAUAUAAAAUAAAAUAAAAUAAGAUAAGAUAAAAUAAAUAAAUCCCAGUUAGUUAACAUAUAGUGUAAUAAUGGUUUCAGGAGAAUUUAAUGAUUUCAUCACUUAAACUAUAAUACCUAGUACUCACCCCAACAAAUGCCAUCCUUUUCUCUUUUUUAAUGUUUAUUUUUGAGAAACAGAGAGGAGAGAGACAGAGUGCGAGCAGGGGAGGAGCAAAGAGGGGGAGACACAAAAUCCAAAGCAGGCUCUCGGCUCUGAGCUGUCAGCACAGAGCCCGAUGCAGGGCUCGAACUUACCGGCUGUGAGAUCACGACCUGAGCCAAAGUUGGAUGCCCAACCACCUGAGCCAGGUGCACCCCAACAAGUGCCUUCCUUAAUGCCCAUCACCCAUUUAGCCCAUCCCCCCCCAUCCACCUUCCCUCCAGCAACCCUCAGGUUCUAUGUAUUUAAGAGUCUCUUAUGGUUUGUCUCCCUUUCUGUUUUUAUCUAAUUUUUCCUUCCCUUCCCCUAUUUUCAUCUGUUUUGUUUCUUAAAUUCCACAUAUGAGUGAAAUCAUAUGAUAUUUAUCUUUCUCUGACUGACUUACUAUUUUACUUAACAUAAUACGUUUCUAGUUUCAUCCACAUUGUUGCAAAUGGCAAGAUUUUAUUCUUUUUGACCGCCGAGUAAUAGUCCAUUGUGUGUGUGUGUAUAUAUAUAUAUAUAUAUAUAUAUAUAUAUAUAUAUAUAUACACCACAUCUUCUUUAUCCAUUCGUCAGUUGAUGGACAUUUAUCCCAUGGAUAAAUGCCUAGUAGUGCAAUUGCUGGGCCGUAGGGUAGUUCUAUUUUUAGUUUUUUGAGGAACUUUCAUACUGUUUUCCAGAGUGGCUGCACCAGCUUGCAUUCCCACCAGCAAUGCAAGAGAUCCCCUUUCUCUGCACCCUCGUCAACAUCUGUUUUUUCCUGAGUUGUUAAUUUUAGCCAUUCUGACAGGUGUGAGGUGGUACCUCAUUGUGGUUUUGAUUUGUAUUUCCCUGAUGAUGAGUGAUGUUGAGCAUCUUUUCAUGUGUGUGUUAGCCAUCUGGAUGUCUUCUUUGGAAAAGUGUCUGUUCAUGUCUUUUGCCCAUUUUUUCACUGGAUUGUUUGAUUUUUGGGUGUUGAGUUUGGUAAGUUCUUUGUAGAUUUUGGAUACUAACCCUUUAACCGAUAUGUCAUUUGCAAAUAUCUUCUCCCAUUCCAUCGGUAGCCUUUUAGUUUUGUUGAUUGCUUCCUUCGCUUUACAGAACGUUUUUAUCUUGAUGAGGUCCCAUAGUUCAUUUUUGCUUUUGUUUCCCUUGCCUCAGGAGACGUGUCUAGUAAGGAGUUGCUGUGGCCGAGGCCAAAGAGGUUGUUGCCUGUUCUCUCCUCUAGGAUUUUGAUGGUUUCCUGUCUUACAUUUAGAUCUUGCAUCCUUUUUGAAUUUAUUUUUGUGUAUGGUGUAAGACAGUGGUCCGGAUUCAUUCUUCUGCAUGUCACUGUCCAGUUUUCCCAACACCAUUUGCUAAAGAGACUGUCUUUUUUCCAUUGGCUGUUCUUCUUUGUUGAAGAUUAGUUGGCCAUACAUGUGUGGGUCCAUUUCUGGGUUCUCUAUUCUGUUCCAUUGAUCUAUGUGUCUGUCUUUGUGCCAGGACCAUACUAUCUCGAUGAUUACAGCCUUGUGAUACAGCUUGAAGUCCAGAAUUGUGAUGCCUCCAGCUUUGGUUUUGUUUUCAACAUUACUUUGGGUAUUUGGGGUCUUUUCUGGUUCCAUACAAAUUUUAGGAUUGUAUGUCCUAGCUCUGUGAAGAAUCCUGGUGUUCUUUUGAUAGAGAUUGCAUUGAAUGUGUAGAUUGCUUUGGGUAGUAUCGACAUUUUAACAAUAUUUGUUCUUCUAGUCCAUGAGCAUGAAAUGUUUUUCCAUUGCUUUGUGUCUUCUUCAAUUUCUUUCAUAAGCUUUAGAUAGUUUUCAGUGUAUACAUCUUUUACCUCUUUGGUUAGGUUUAUUCCUAGGUAUGUUAUGGUUUUCGGUGCAAUUGUAAAUGGGAUCGAUUGCUUGAUUUCUGUUGCUUCAUUAUCGGUGUAUAAAAAUGCAACCGAUUACUGUAUGUUCAUUUUAUACCCUGCGACUUUGCUGAAUUCAUGUAUCAGUUCUAGCAGUUUUUUGGUGGAGUCUUUCGGGUUUUCCAUGUCGAGUAUAAAGAUGGAUUUGUAAACCCAGUGGAUAUCAAGGCAGGACCUUCCUAUUCCUUGCAACAUCACAGAGCCCCUUCUCUUUGCUCCACAUUGAUGGAAGAAACAGUCAGAACCUGUGAUACUUGGCUUAGAGCUUGCCUUCUGUCCUAAAAACAUACUUCCAAGCAGGGAAGGCAGGCUGGGUAGGGCCCAGGGCAGCAAUGCUGAGUUCAAGAAAAGUACCUCUGAGUCCACGUCCUGGGUCCCUGGUCAUGUAGAGCAGCCACAGAACUAGUGAAAUAGUACAGAGGUCUACAGCAGUCUCCCUGCUAAUAUUGGAGCUGAGUAAUUUACAGAAAGCACCCUAACAAGAAUCCUUUAGCUUACUUCAUCUGCAUAGUAACCCUGUGAGAAAGACAGGAGGGGAGCCACCUUGCCCAUUUUACAGAUAAGAAAGUAGAGGCAGGGAGAGAUAAAGGGGCUUGUCUGUAGUCCCACAGCUAGUGGAUGGCGGGAGCUGAGACUGAGACUUGAUUUGGAAUGCCGGCUGAGCCAGCGCUCCUUCCACCACACCACAGGAACGCUAGACACCUAGCCAUCAGCCUUCCCAUUCUCUCUUCCCUCCAUGCUGAUCACUUCUGACUGGCGGGUCUCUGUAAAGCCUAGAACGGUGGAGCCAGGUAGCCAUGAGGGAGGCCAUAUUUGGGGAUCCUGGGAUGUUCAUGUUGAAAGCCAGCUCAUGGAGCCUGGGAUUCUCAGGUCUAAGUCCUAGAAGCCUUGUUCCAGUGCCCCAUCUAUACUGUAGAUGAAAAGCCAAGUGGCAAUGGGUGAAGUUGAGGGCAGGUGAGGGCAAUGCCCAGCAGCCCCUGAACCUCUAAAGGUCAGUGAGCACCAUUUGAAACCAUCAUUAUAGUCCAGCCUUAUCGUUUUCAUAUUGUGAAACCGAGGCCAGAUGAGGGAAAUAAUUUGUCCAAUGCCACACAGCAAGGUAUUGGCAACCUGAGGCCCUGGGAAGUCUGAGGAAGUAGGGACAGUGUGUAGAAUUGAGCAGGACUGCUUAACUGGCCUUGAGUGCUGUACCCACAUGAAGUUUCCACGUCGAGCAGACCCAGCAUGCAUGUCAGCUCUUCUCCAAGCAAGUUGGACCCCACCAUACAUGGCCACCUUGUCUGAACUAGAGAGCCCAGCUGCCUAGAGGAAGACUCACACUCCUUCCAGAAGGGCUUCUGACUUUCCAUAGCAGGCUGUCAUCUUGGGCAUUACCACAUGAGGGUGCCAUGGGACCGCAGCUGCCUCUCCCUGCACAACUCCCACAGCAGGAGGUCUAAGUUGCUAAGAGCCUUCAGGACCCUGUGGAGGAAACAUUCUGGGGGUAGCCUAGCCAGAGGGAGAGUGGAGAGUGGCAGGAUGUGGCCAGGAUGUGGCCAGGGGUGGGGAAAGUAAAAACUCCUUGCUGGCAAAAAUUGGACACGAGGUCCCAGGGAAAAUAAAGGGUUUAUGGCAUUGGUAAAGGAAACUUACCACUGGUUCCUCCUCCCCCAUAGUGUCCCUUAGCUGAUCUGUUGGAGAAUCAGUUGGCUCAGGCUGUGUAGAGCCACACACAUCACCUCUGAAAAGUUCUGUCACAUCACUGUCUCUUGUCCCCAGACAUCCCUGUGGCCCCUAAUCUAGCCUACAUAAUGUGUGUCAAGCCCAUGUGGACACGAGCAGAUGUAAGAUGCGGCUUUUCCUCCACGGAGCUUAUACCCUAGAGCUGGCGAAGCAGCUGCAAGCAAGUCAGGACCAGCUUGGAGAUGUUCAGAGAUGCGCCAGGAUUGCAAUCCUAGAAUUAGAAUUGCUUGGUCAGAAGAAACACAAUGCCUCAACAUUUAAACCACAACUACUGUCUACGUCUGGCCCGAACGGUGAAAAUGGGAGUCUGACCAGCAGUAGAGAUGAGGCUGGGCCAUGCAGACUAGGCACCGGUUGCUGGUUGCGAGGGCCUUAAGUGUCGUCCCUGAAGACUUUGGUUUUUAUGCAAACACAGAUUGGGUGGCCCUAGGCCAAGGGUACGGAGCCCUGACAGCUGGCAGCAAGACGGUCAGCAAAGCUGCUGAUAAGAGGAGUACAAAGAGGGCUUGGUUCAUGGCAAGGGGGCAGUGGUCUGCUCGGCCGGCAACAUGCUACGCUUCUUGGUGCUCGCCACCCUGGUCCUUUAUGGACACAACACCCAGGACUUUCCAGAAACCAACGCCCGGGUAGUUGGAGGGACUGAGGCCCGGAAGAAUUCCUGGCCCUCGCAGAUUUCCCUCCAGUACCUCUCUGGGGGCAAAUGGUAUCACACCUGUGGGGGGACCCUCAUCAGACAGAACUGGGUGAUGACAGCUGCUCACUGCGUGGACCGCAAAAUGACCUUCCGUGUGGUGGCUGGAGAGCACAACCUGAGCCAGAACGAUGGCACCGAGCAGCGUGUGAGUGUGCAGAACAUCGUGGUGCAUCGCUACUGGAACAGCAAUAACGUGGCCGCCGGCUAUGACAUUGCCCUGCUGCGCCUGGCCCAGAGAGUUACCCUCAACAACUAUGUGCAGCUGGGUGUCCUGCCCCCGGCGGGGGCCAUCCUGGCCAACAACAAUCCCUGCUACAUCACGGGCUGGGGCAUGACCAAGACCAAUGGGCACCUGGCCCAGGCCCUGCAGCAGGCUUACCUGCCCAGUGUGGACUAUGCCACCUGCUCCAGUUCCAGCUACUGGGGCUCCACCGUGAAGAGCACCAUGAUAUGCGCUGGAGGAGACGGAAUUCGCUCUGGAUGCCAGGGUGAUUCUGGGGGCCCUCUCCAUUGCCUUGUGAAUGGCAAGUAUGUUGUCCAUGGAGUGACCAGUUUCGUGUCCAGUCUGGGCUGUAACGUCGCCAGGAAGCCCACAGUCUUCACACGGGUCUCUGCUUACAUCUCCUGGAUCAACAGUGUCAUUGCUCCCAACUGAACGUCUUCCUGAAUCUCAUGGCCUUCCCAAGAUGAUGCUUAGACCCAAGAAAGGACUUGAGGCCAUCAAGGAAAAAAAACAUUCUGAGAGGCCAUUGAGCCAGAUCCAGAAAAGCAAAUAAAACUGAAUAUGCAUGAUCAUCCUGAGUCUUUUUGUUCGCUAUUAGGCCCUCUAGAGGAAAUGGAGUUAUAGGACCCAAGUUGGAUUUCACAUUUCUGUGCUGGAUCUUCCGUUUACUGCCAUUUCACAAACUACGCCAAGUGGGAGUGGUUUUAUGUUACUCUUUUUUGCAUCGUUUUAGGACCCACCUAGCCAUUUAUCUGCCCAUCUGGUAUUUCUCCCAUGUACAUUUGCUAUAUGCAAAGGCACAGAGUGUUUUCUAAUGUUCUUGAGUGACGAAGCGUGCCCUGACUCUCCCAGGUAGAUUGUGAGCUCAUCCUUCUUUUGUUCCCCCCUCCAGUGCCUAGA